AUGCCAGCUCCUCCAUCAUCAAUCUACGCUACCCUCUCCUCUCCACUCCCUUCAAAACCAUAUAUCCUCUCGAUCAAACCUUCACCGACCAGCCCACAUCUCAUCCUCCGUCACCCAGGACCUGAUCUCACCUUGGUGGAUAACCAGACGUUGCAACCUGUUGAAAGACUCACAGGUGAACAUCAGGGGAACGUCACUGCAAUCGCUGUAGAUCAAGAUGCAAUCUGGUCAAGUGCGAAAGACGGGAGUAUUGUAAGAUGGGAUGAGAGGAGUAGGAGAGCUGGGACUGUUAUACGGGCUGCCGUAAGAAAACCUAUUCCUGUGACUGCUCUUACUAUCUCCGAGCGGGAUCACCUGGUAAUAGCAGGAACAGAGCUCGUAUCCUCCGAAUCGCAUAUAAUGUAUUGGGAUAAUCGAAAUCCCUCUCAAACCAUAUACUUACAUUCCUCAACUCAUUCAGACGACAUAACCAAUCUAUCCAUCUUACCUUCAACAUCAACUUUCCAAUCAUCUGCAUCCAGUAGUAGGAAUGGACCAUUACCUCAAAGAUUGUUAUUAUCCUCAUCGACCGACGGGUUAAUAGCAUUAAGUGAUCUGAAAGAGGCGGACGAAGAUGAAGCUGUUAUCUGUACGGAGAAUUGGAAUCAGAGUAUAGCAGAUUCGAAUUGGUAUUUGCAUAAGGGGAAAAUGAAGUUCUGGGCUAGGUCAGAUAUGGAUGGCAUAGCUACGUGGGAUUUGGGAUUGGGUGGUGAAGCGGGAGAUGAACUGGAGCUUCAAAACCAUAUCGAAUACCCCUCAUCAUCAUUCAAAUUCAAGUCUUUCAAACCUCCCAAACAAGGUCCGACGUUCACUCAAACAGCAUCGGAAGAGAUGGAAUCCAAGAUUCAAUUGAAAUCAGAUUACCUUAUCGACGUUAUACCGUCUCUCGGAGUAGGUAAGAAUGGAGGUGCGAUCACGGCUGUCGGUACGAACGAAGGCGAUAUAAUCCUUCAACAUCAUUCUACAUCUACAGAUUAUUCACCUUCAGCUUAUCUCUUAUCUGGUCCGUCGAAAAGUAGAGGGCACAAAGAUGUGGUCCGAGCAUUAUUUCACGACUUAUCGAACGAAGCGAUCUACACCGGAUCAGAGGACGGGGUGAUAUCUGGCUGGAACCUCAACUCGUUACCUGAUAAAUUGGUAGUAGGCGAUGACGAGAUUGAUCUAUCGGGAGAUGAGAAUGAGGACGAGGAUGAAGAUAUGGAUGAGGAAAGUGAGAUUGAAACUGAAUCUGAAGAGAGUGAUAGGAGUGAUGAUAGUAUGGGUUUAGAUGAUGAGGAAGAGAAAGGUCCAAGGUAUGGACCGAUCAUAGGUGGUGGAAAUAAUGCAGAUAAAGGAAAAGAUAAGAGGAAAGAGAAAAGGAAAGGAAACAGGUUCGGACCGUACUGA